UUUCCGAUGAUUUUCCGCUGUUUUUCCGAUGUUUUCCCAUGAUUUGUGUUAAGAGCCGCAUCCUGAACUUGUGCAUUGCUUGGCCGUUGCGAUUGAGAUCGUUUUACCUGCUUAGUUAAAACACUUUCACCAAGCUCCGUGGACGCGGUCGGUCGGUGGGUCAAUUAUUGCCGUGUGGUGUACUGCCUCAAGUAAUUAAACGAAAUGCAUUGAGAUAAAGUCUCCGUGAUGUCGCAUUCCGGUUAGUAGAACCCACGGUCAGAUGUGUAGCCAGAUGAUACGCGUUUUUCCGUGCGUGCCGGGCUGGUAAGAACAUGAUUCCGUGGAUGCGGGAAAAGUUUGCCGAACGUCGCGCUCGCUGGCAACAAGCCCGCAAACAACCUCGCACAAGCACCGGUGAUGGCAAUUCCAGCUGCAGCUCAGCAUCUUCCGUCGCGGACGUUGCUUCGGCCGAACCUUCGUCCUCCGGAACCGCCUCUCCGGCAGCAUCGCCCGUGCACACCGCGCGCCAGCAUCGCGGUCAUCGUCAGGGACAACGAAGUUCACGGACACAUCAGCUAGCAUCCUCGGCAUCGCAGCAGCCGUCGAGCUCGAGCGGUUCUUGGCGAUCAAGAAAAUCACGCAAUGGAACGGACGAUGAGCAGAACGAGCAGUCGGGGACGGACCAGAAGGUAUCGCUGAAAAUUAUUAGUCCCCGCGGUGGCAUGGUGGACGUGGUCGUUUGUCGCACCACAAACGGCCGCCAGCUGAAGAUGCAUUCGUUAGAAAAGUUCGCUAGCAACUCCUUCACGAUGCCCCACUUUUCGUCGAAUCUUGACGAGCUGGCAGACCGCUAUCGACUGAUCAGAGCGCAGAAUAAACUAGUGUUCCGCGACGAUGAUCUUUUGGUUGCCGCCGACGUACGCGAUUAUGAGGAGUUUCUGCUCGUGGCCAAACGCAUAGAAACGCCACACAUCGAGGAAGGUUUGAAAGGGCCGAGUUCUGCGGAAAUACUGACAGCCACGCGGCACAUUCCGCUAUCCCGCAUUAAUCAAGCAUCGGUUAAUUUCAAUCUUGGAAUGCUACAGGGAGAUGAUCUUCACCAGGACCUAAGGCGUAUCAUCAUUUCCCUCUCUAAGGCGUCAGCAUUUGUGGUCGGGGCGGGACCAUGUGCCGAGAAGCUUAUCACGUUGUUUCAACAGCGGCUAAUAAACCGAAAGCGGCACCAGAUUAGUUCUAUCGAAACAUUGCUGGAGAUGGGAUUUUCGUUGGAUAAAAUUAAUCAAGCCUUACAAAUUACCAAAAAUGUCUUUCCGGCAGCCAUCGAUUGGCUCAUUCAGCAUGAUAGUACAGCAAAGUUAUUUAACUGUGAUAGAAGCGCUUCGCCCGGUGCUUCUCUUUCUGCGACAGCCAGCACUACUCCGAACAAUCCGAACACCAACAACCGCAGGAAAGUGUCCGACGCAGACAAUGAUAGUGGCUCGUUGUCCACACCUUCCUCGACCCGCGAAUCAAUCGACGAAAUCGAAGAGGAGAAGGACCCUUUUACGAAUCCAAAAUUAUUGCAGAGAAAGCAGGAGAAUGUCGCCAAACUUUUGGACAUUGUGCGCCUUUACUCAGAAAAGACCGUAGAAGCUGAUCCUGAUCUUCUACUCUCCAUCUCGGAGAUGGGAUUCGACGAGGGCAGUGUGCGGGAAGCUUUAGUGGCAACUCACAACAGCAAAAGUGCAGCCUGUGAAUGGUUGCUAGGAAACCGAGCGAAAAGCAUGCAAGGCCUAAAAGAUGAGCAACCUGUAGAAUCUCCCAUCCUGCGUGUCCUGAUGGCUUCACCACAAGUACAAAUUAGCUUAGGAAAUCCGAGAAUGUUUAUAGCACUGAUCUCAAUGUUAGAUAACUAUUCGACAAUGACGAUGUGGUUUACUGACAAUGAUACCUCUUCGGUCCUGGGACACAUCCUGCGCACUUAUCACGAAGAGAAGCACAUCCUUGCAAUCAAUCAAUUUAACAACGCACAGCACCACCAGCAUCACCAGCGACCAAGCGAGUCUAUUCACCGAUAAACCUGUUUUAGAGAUGAGGUAACGGAAUUAUUGUGAACAAAUUGCAAGGCCUGAAAACACUCAUCAAAACCAAUCAGGGAAAUCAGCAUAAAAAGCGUUGCCGGGAAGAAUGAAUGGCAGCUAGAGAGAAAUGAACAUUAUCUGAAGUAUUGCCGUUAGUCUUUCGCCAGUUGUACGCUGCUUUGGGAUUAAUUCGCUCCGUUUAGCAGCAAACCGGAUGCUUUUGGUAAACAUACGCUUCCCAACGUUAACGUAGAUAUUGCACAACGAGAGGUAACUUUAGUAAUGAGCAGAAGAGCAACCAAAUAAAAGAAUAAAAUACCAAACUGCCGUCGCUUAUUGUUGACUUGAGUAGUAGAGUAGCAUAGAUUUAACUGACCGAUUUGGCCUGGGCAUGGGGUAUUACUGAACAGAAGCGUUUAGUUUAGUUUAGUUAGUAGCAGAAGCCAGAAGCUAACAUGGCGUUAGUUGAUGCAGGAUUCGUUUGUUUGCAUAUACGUCGCCUAAUUCUUGCAAUUGGCUAUCGGUUCAAAUCGUCGCGUUUGUUGGAAUGAGAUAUAAUCAUACAUGGUAGCAUCGAAAUGGACAAAAUAGGAAUAACGCAAAUAAAACAACGAUGCACACCGUACGAUUAACUGCCAAAGAACAAUUGUUACGGCAAAUGAUAUUUUACAGAGUACGAAAAAGACAUGUGAUUUGACACGAAUGUAGAAAAGACAUCAUGGUACGCAAUAAGCAAAAAAAACCUUCGUAGCCAUCAAGAUUAAUAAUAUUGAAAUAAUGAACAGAGUGUAAUAAAUCGAUUACUAAGCGGAGAAAGUAUCGAAUAAUACGUUUUGAACACAUAAUGUUUCAUUGCUUUACUAAGUUAAUGAUUUUAAAAUAUUGAAUAAUACUCUUAUUUGCUAUAACUGAAAAAAAUUAUUCAUCAUUUUUAUA